GCGGUUGACAGGAAGAAGUUUGAAAAAAAAAAAACAGGAACUAGACGGAAUAUAAAUAAGCGGUAUGUUUUAAUUUAAGAUGUUUAAAGGUAAAAUGGCGGCUUUUAGAAAAGAUGUUUAAAUGUAAAAUGGCGGCCUGGGCCUCAUUUUUGAACAAACAAAAGGUUCGGUUUGUCUGCUGGAUAAAUAUUAGCACAGAAUCUGAGCUCUGAUAAACAGGACGCUGUGACGUGACGGGCUGCUCAUCACCGCUGGAGCUUGGGGAUAAACUUAAUGCCGUCGUAAGAGAAUUCGCUGCUCAUGGACGACUCGGACCAGGACUUCUCGUUCCUCUGCUCCCGGCUCCUGAAGAGAGUGCGGCGGAAAGGUGGAGAGUCUGGAGAGGAGAAGAAAACUGUGGAGGAGGAGGAGGAGGAAGACUCGGGAUCUGAGAGCCAAAGGAGGAACAAAGCGCCGUGGAAAAGGAAAAGGGAGAAGAAGGAAGGGCUUCAGACUGAUCUAGGAUCAGAGGCUGCACUAGUGGGAGGAGGGGAGCAGAAGAAGAUGAGGGCGAAGGACAAGGUGCUCAGCAGGAUGCAGCGGUUUAAGAGAGUGACUCCACCUCGCCUGGUGCACGCUGAGGAAGCGGUGGCUGCGGAAUCUGCCGGACAGCCUGCUGAGACGCGCUCACUUCCUACACAAGGGCCUGUUGAGAAACAGGAGAGCGACAGGCUCUUGGCUGAGAAAUUACAGCAGCAGUUUAACCAUGAGGCCGAGAACCAGGCUGGAGCGGACGUGGACGACAGAGGCUUGUUUUUCUGCCAGCUCUGCUACAAAGACCUGUCCGCUAUGAGCCAUCAGCUCCGCACUCAGCACAUCAACCGGUGUCUCGAUGAGCGCGAGAACAGCGCCUCACAUGUUCCUCCUCGUCCGCGCUUACCCGAGUGCCCUAUUUGUGGGCGGGGUUUUAAAUCCGAAAAGGCCCGUUCCACACACUUGAAGCGCUGCUCGGCGAGCAUGGGCGUGUCUCCAGCUGAGCUGCUGCAGGCCCUGCAGAAGCAGGCAGUCGAACGGGAGAAAGGUCGAGGCAGCAGUGACGCUUCGGAGUCGAGCAUGCCCGUGAGGAAGAAAGCCAGAAAGAAAUCGCCACGCAUGGACGAAGACACCAUGGUGGCUCUGGCCCUGUCUCGCUCUCUGCUGGAGCAGGAGAAGGCGCGAGAGAGAGACCGGGAGGAGGAGAGACGUAUCCAGGCACGGCUGGUGAGCGGUACGGCACUCGCAGCUCCUGUGCCACGGGGUCGAGCUGGAGCAGGUAAGAGUCGUGGAAAGAGGAGGAAAGGUGCCCUGGACGCUCCCCCUCCCCUCCUCUUGGUGCAGGACCCGCAGGCUGCUCUGAACCGGAUCCAGGAGCGAGUCUCCUCCUUGCUCCUCAUCCCCAGACCUCCGACUCCUCCCACCCCCACCCUGCUGCCCUCUGCUCUCUCCACACACCCCCUUCUCUGGCUCAAGAGUGCGCUGCCUGGAGGAGGACCAGCCUCACUUUCUGAGUUUUACACCGCAGAGCUCGGCACGUUCAUCCAGCCUCGGGUCAGAGCAGAGAAGAACAGUUCUCCAUCGUCAGAGGUGACCCCAGUGAAACGGCGUCCAGCUCCACGUUGCCCCUCCACCCCAGGUCUGGACACGCCCGGGACGCAGGCCCUGACUGACCUGGUGCAUCUGGCCGAGGAGGGAAUGACGCUCACGCAGUACGGGUCCGCCGCAGAUAACGAUCCUCGUCUCAGCGGAUUUGUUCCUGAACCUACAGAGACCUCGAGACCUCCUAUAAACCAGAUGAGCGUGUCCAGGCUGUGUGGCGAUCUGGGCAGCAUGGUGAACAACCCUCAGCUCAGUGAUGUGCAGCUGCAGGUGGACAGCGGCGACGUCUACUUCGCUCACUCGUUCAUGCUCUACGCACGCUGCCCCCUGCUGGCUAACAUGGUCCACGAUGCAGGUUUUGGAGUGCAGGAGGAAGGCUUUGCUCAAGCUCGGAGAGCUUUGUUAAAUGAUGUGUCGGGUGAGGCGGUGCACGCUCUGUUACAGUACCUGUACACAGCUGCUUGCCAUCUGACACACGCCGUGGUGCCGGAUGUACUCCAGCUCGCCAGCAGGUUUGGCCUGUCUGAGCUGCAGCGGCUGUGUGAGCAGUACAUUGGAAAUCCAGUGGAGGACCCAAGGGAACAGGACUGGGAUGCUUCCGUGGCUCAUGAGCCUGCAGCUGAACCCCAGCAGCAGAGCCUGGCUGAGCCUCAGUUCCUCGAGCUCCUCCGCUCCAUGUGGGAGCACGAGGACGUUGACGGCGAGGAAGUUACGGAAGCCGAGAGAGGGACGGAGGGUGAGGACGAAGAAGGCUGCAGAGAUGGCGAGGUUAAAGAGGAUCUCGUUAACGAGGAUGAGCUGGAUGAGAUUUACGAGUUCGCGGCUACGCAGAGGAAGGUGAGGUCUGAGGCCGAGGUCAGCGCUGAGAGUGAAGAGGAAGAUGACGGACUGAAUAACUGCUCUGAUGCAGAACAGAGGAAUGUCGACGUGGAGGAGGCAGCAGAUGCGCGCUGUAGUGCUGACGUUGAUUCGAACAAAAUGGUGCGCCAAAGCAGAGGUCCGGACGCCGGGUUAGACCAGAGCUACAACCGUUUGUUCUCAGAGUCCUGGGGAGAGUACGUGGAACCGUCUCUGAGACACACUCCUCGGCCUUUAGACCUGAAGAGUACACCCACCUCGCGGCGCACAUCUUCAGUCAGCGAGGUGAUCGAUCUGUCCGUUAGUCCGCCACCGGAAUCUGGAGAACCAGACAGGACGCUAUUUCCUGUGACCGGCGUGUCUCCAGGAGAGACUCCAGACCAGAGUGAGGCAGUUCAACAGCCUAUCACUUUGGAGAGUCCGAGUGCUCCUGGCAUCUCGCAGCUCACAGCAGAACGCUCAGAACUCUGGCCUAAACACCCCUCCGUGUCAGCUCGGAGUAGAACCCAGCUUGAAGUCACUCCUUCACUCCCCAGUAGUACCAAACCCAAACUCUCCCCUUCUACACCCAACCGCAGCCAGCCUGAGCUCAUCGUCCUCUCUGACUCCAGCGAUGACCUGGAUCACGACCCUCCUGAUGAAGUUCCUUCACGUGGCGAUGCUCCCAGACCACCAACCUCAUCUCCGUCACGACUCAGUCUGCGCUACACUCAUAUUAAAGCUAAAGAAACCACACGGGUUGGACUCUCUCCCAAAAGAUCAAACGAGACCUCCAGCUCUGUGCCUUCGGAACCUUCCAGAUCAGACCAAGUAGGCAGUGAGGGCAUAUUAGACGGCUCUGCGGAGGUUUCAUGGUUAAUCCCGGCGACUCCGGAACCUUCGACCCGUACCAGCUCAACGCAGACCUCCAGCAGCAUGCGCCGCACUCAACUCUUCCCCAGAUCUCACAGUUCAUCCUCCACUUCCUUCUCGGUUUCCGUUUCGAACAACCCGAAAACUCCAUCGUGCUCAAACUCUCUGAAAGAACCUCAUAGAGAACAUUCACAACCAUCUCCAGCGUUCCAGAAGCUUGCAUCCCGUUUCAGAUUGUCCAAGAUUUCACAUUCGCACUGCGACGCUCUGAAUCAAAAUUCUGCCUCCGAGCCCUGCAGCAGCACUCCUCUGCGCUCAGAUCCUCGUCUGCACCAUCUUGACGCUCUUGGGUCUCCUUUACCGAGAGACUGCGAGCUGAGAUCUCAAAGAACAACAGGUCAAGAGGACAAACCUGGAUCCCUCUGUGUUGAGAACUCGCCAUCCCCACGACAAGCCUUUCAAUCAGAGAAGGAAUCGAGUACGAGUCCUGCCAAGUCCCGGCACGGUGAUAACCUUGGAGAUCAGGAGAUGAGCACUGACGAAAAGGAACCAGUGGAAACAAGGACGAGCAAAAUGGAAGGCGGCGUUUCUUUUUUCUUCGACGAGCCACCCAUUGCGUUCGAUGACUCCUGGGGUCUGGGUGGAGCGGUUGCUGAGCAAGGGCCGUGCCUCAGUCUGAGGCUGGAGAGCAGCGCGGACCGAGCAAGUUCUCCAGAACAAAGUGGACAGGGUGAGCCAGCUUCCCCACACACCUCUUCUUCUCCUGGCCCUCGGCGCAACCUCCCAGACCCUGGAGCUGCACGCGACCACAGCUUGCCUGACGCAGCGAUGUGGGACAGCUGGAAGGAAGACGAGGAGGAAGCGGACGCCCUUCCUCUUUCUCAGCGAGCGGGCGCAGUGGCUCUCCCCAAGGAAGCGUCUCCGUUCAGAACGCCAGUGGCUUGCAAGAAGACGACGACCCAAGCUCCACUGGUGCCCAUUACACCCAUGCCGAGCUUCUCAGACAUGGACACACCUGAGCUUAAGAACAAACUGAACAGGUAUGGCGUGCGUCCGCUUCCUAAGAAGCAGAUGGUCUUGAAGCUGAAGGAGAUCCACCAGUACACCCACCAGCUGAUGAGCUCCAGCUCUGAGGAGGAGACUUCUCCCCAAACCCAUCCCACAGUCGCUCCAGCUGCCUUCAAACAGCCCACAGCACCCCCUCCUGUCUCCCCCAGGAAACUGCAGCUUGGAGAGGAGGAGGAGGAGGAGGAGCUGGAUGUGUUACCUGCAUCUCAGGAUUCGAACACUUCCUCCACGGCCGAGUCAGAAAGAUCCAACCCGGAGAUGUGUGACUCUGACGACGACUGCUCCGACAGCGAGGGCAUCACGCUGUCUCAGGCAGCCGUACGUGAGAAGCAUAAACUCCAGGCUGUGCAUUCGUUCAUCCUGUCCGACCCGGUGUUGUACGGCAGUGUGCUUCAGUACCAGCCGCUCUCUCUACGUGAGCUAAAGGCAGGCCUCCGAGCAGCAGGUAUCCGGCUGGGCACCGCCAAGCUGCUGGAUUUCCUGGAUUCCCAGUGCAUCACUUUCACAACGGCAAAGCCAGGCCAUCCAGCGCCUUCACGCAGGAGAGCUCGCGCAGCAGGAAGAGGGAGGAAAAGACUAGCUCAGGCAAUCGAGUGAGCAGGAACUGUACAAGAGCCCGCGGGAGAAGCUGCGUCAUUAACGUUUCAGGAUUUUUACCCAUGUCUGAUGUUAAUUCUUUUCGUUCUGUUCAAAUAUCGUGUUUGUUUUGAAAUUAAAUGAGAAGUGUUCUGUC